AUGAAUGCCUCCGCUGCGAGUUCACAACCUCCGGUGGGACAUGGACAAACCUCGCCUGGAAGGGGUUUUGGUGCUGCACUCGUCUCCCUCGUGACUUUUCUCCCUCAUGCGUUGUUAUGGAUCAUAGGAUUCUGUACAAUCACACUGCCGACAUGGUUGUUCACUCUGUUUUCGAUGAGUUUGACCUUUACCAUGAAUUUCACCACCCUACUCGUCAUUUUCGUCGCAAUAUUCUCGACCGUCAGUUGGUUCAUCCGCUACCGUUUCCUCAAUUAUUAUACACACCUGCCUCAAGAGCCGCAGCGAAAAGAGCCCCAGCUCGAUUUGUUUCCAGACACGCAAGAUGGGGACUCGAAGCCGGGCUUGGCCAACUACCUCGACGAAUUCCUGAGCGCGAUCAAGGUGUUUGGAUACCUGGAGAGGCCGAUCUUUCACGAGUUGACGCGAACGAUGCAGACUAGGAAGCUCAUUGCGGGGGAGACAUUGCUGCUCGAGGAAGAGAAAGGGUUUUGUCUGGUGGUGGAUGGGUUGGUCCAGAUAUUUGUCAAGUCGUUGAGAGACACACCCGAAGGCACCAGCACUGGUCAAAUUGACUUGUUCGACGAAGACGAAGGAUAUCGGGAAGGCAACCAGGGCUAUCAGUUAUUGACCGAAGUUAAAAAUGGUGCCUCAAUGUCCUCUCUAUUCUCCAUCUUGUCCUUGUUCACCGAAGAUGUCAAGCUGCGCCAUGACGAUCAGAUUCCCAAUGGUACACGAUUUACCAACCAUGUCACCCGCACGCCCGAUUCCAACGUUGCCAGCCCAACCAUGGAUCCGCCCACGCCAGGGUCGGCCGUCGCUGGCGCUCUCAGCGAGACGCAGAAAGCGAGGCUGCCCAGUGUUCCACCUUUGACACUUGGAUCUGCCUUUGAUGAACACCACUAUAAGACCAAGCAAGCCAGACCCAAGUCCUCGGUCUCUGCGCACCCUGAUAUUGUGGCGAGGGCGGUGGUUGACACCACAAUAGCCAUCAUCCCAGCGAGCGCAUUUCGACGCCUGACUAGAGUGUACCCCAAAGCCACUGCCCACAUAGUUCAGGUGAUACUGACAAGGCUGCACCGAGUGACGCUGUCGACCGCACACCAGUAUCUCGGGCUGACCUCGGAGGUCCUGCAGAUCGAGAAGCUGAUGAAUAAAUACACCAGUUAUGAUCUGCCCAACCAUAUCCGCGGCCACGCCCUUGACCGGUUGCGGGACAAAUUUGCAAAGGAACGAGAGAGGAUUGGGCCCGAAGAAGGGAUGAAGGGGAUCGCAUUGCACAACCCGACGGCAGGUCGGCGCCGGUCUUCCAGUGGACUUCGCAGAGAAGCAGCCACAAUCGCCCGGCUCAAUGCAGCAAAGGGUGCCGCCUCUUCUUCAGCACCCAACUCUGUGCGGCCGGGAAUCGGAGACAGAAAUGUCAGCUCGGGCGAUCUGCAUGGCGCAUCGAGGCCAAGUCAGAGACCUACUAGCCUCCACCUCCGCUCCACCUCGAACUGGACGAGUAUGGGAGCCCCUGACGGCCUCAGAUUGGAUAUGAGCCCGAUGGGGAACCGCGAACAACCGCCAUUUCGCCAGACUUCGUUCCACAGCGACAUGCCCCAUCGACAGGAUUCCGUUCAUGAAGACAGUUUGUUUCGUGAGUCCGUGCUGGAAUGCAUGGCCAAGGCUCUCGGAUUGAGCGAGUCAGUGACCCAGGCCUUGAAAGGAGGUCCGGUCUCGGUCGAACAGUCUCCACGGCUUGUCUCGUAUGAUGCGAAACGCCAGACGGCCAUUUUCAACAACGCUUUUGGCUUCAUUGACCCUUAUGAAGGCUCAGCGGAUGGCGAGUCCGAGUCCAUAACGGCUUCGGCAGCCAGUGUCGGUGGUUCGCUGAACAACCGAACCUUGAGUGAAGAAUUGAUGGACGAUGUCGAGAUUGUGUUUUUCCCCAAGGGCUCUGUUUUGGUCGAACAAGGCGAACGCAACCCAGGUCUCUACUAUGUUAUCGACGGGUUCUUGGACGUCAGCAUCCCCAUUGAAGAGAAAGAAGAAAGACAAGAAUCGGUCGAUCGCCACCGAUCGCGCAGAGGCUCCCGCGACGAGACAUUUCCACGGCUGCGAAGAACUAGAACCUCCACUUCCCGGACUCAGUCGACCGCUGGCUUUCCCGGACAGCCCAAGGAGAACAAAAGAAUGGUGCAAGAGACAUUAUUUCUGGUAAAACCUGGCGGCAUUGCUGGCUAUGUUGGGACAUUGUCGUCCUACAGAUCGUUUACGGACGUGACCGCGAAAACAGAUGUCUAUGUCGGUUUCCUGCCUCGGUCUGCGUUGGAAAGGGUCGCCGAGAAGUAUCCCAUUGUCCUCCUGACGAUGGCGAAACGGCUCACCAGUCUUCUUCCCAGGCUGAUCUUACACAUUGAUUUUGCUCUCGAGUGGGUACAAGUCAAUGCUGGCCAGGUCAUCCAUCAUCAGGGCGACGACAGCGAUGCCAUCUACAUUGUCCUCAACGGGCGACUGAGGGCAGUGCGCGAGCUUGAGGGUGGAACGAUGCGGGUGACCGGCGAAUACGGUCAAGGCGAGAGCAUCGGCGAAUUGGAAGUUAUGACGGAUGGUACCAGGCCCGCAACCCUGCACGCUAUACGUGAUACGGAGCUGGCAAAGUUCCCCAGGAGCCUGUUUAACAGUCUGGCCCAGGAGCAUCCCAAUAUCACCAUCCAAAUUUCCAAGUUGAUCGCACAGCGCAUGCGAGCGCUUAUCGAAGCCCCGUUGACAGAAAAGGGCCAAGAGAGAAAGAGGGCCGCGCUGAGUGACUCGAGCACAUCGACCCUGAAUCUCCGAACGAUCGCAGUGUUACCAGUUACCGCCGGUGUCCCAGUCGUUGAAUUCGGCAAUCGUUUACUGGCAGCCUUGAGCCAGACCGGAGUGCCAAGUGGCGUUACUCUGCUGAACCAAGCCAUCAUUCUGAGCCAUCUCGGUCGACAUGCCUUUAACCGAAUGGGUCGCCUGAAGUUGUCGCAGUACCUCGCCGACCUCGAAGAGAAAUACGGCAUGGUGCUCUACAUUGCAGAUACCAGUGUGAAUGCGCCUUGGACCCAGACUUGUAUCUCCCAAGCAGACUGUAUCCUGCUGGUUGGCUUGGCCGAGAGCUCGCCGAACAUUGGUGAGUACGAGCGAUUCCUUCUGGGAAUGAAGACAACUGCUCGGAAGGACCUUGUGCUGCUCCACGUCGACCGAUACUCACAGCCGGGCUUGACCAGGAGAUGGAUGAGCAACCGCAUGUGGAUCAACGGUGGUCAUCAUCACAUCCAGAUGGCAUUUCGUGUGAGCCCGGAGGCCACGCCUCACUCUCCUCCGAGAAGGUUCGGCUCGGCGAUCAAGCAAAGCGUUCAGGUCAUUCAAGCAGAGAUACAGAAAUACACCUCGCGUAGAGUUCGCCACGCUCCGCUGUACUCUGCCGACACCCCUUUCAAAGGCGACCUGCAUCGACUUGCGAGACGACUCUGUGGCAAAUCUGUUGGGCUGGUGCUCGGUGGAGGAGGUGCGCGUGGUAUUUCCCACAUCGGGGUCAUCCAGGCUCUGGAAGAGGCCGGCAUCCCGAUUGACAUUGUUGGGGGGACUUCGAUCGGUGCAUUUUUGGGGGCGCUCUAUGCCCGCGACGCCGACGUGGUGCCAAUGUACGGACGUGCAAAGAAGUUUGCCGGACGGAUGGGCAGUAUGUGGCGAUUUGCGCUCGACUUGACCUACCCUUCGGCGUCAUACACGACGGGCCACGAGUUUAACCGGGGCAUAUUCAAGGCAUUCGGGGACUCGCAGAUUGAAGACUUUUGGCUGCCAUUCUACUGCAACACGACCAACAUUAGCAAAUCGCGAGCCGAGAUCCACACUUCGGGAUAUGCGUGGAGGUAUGUCCGGGCCAGCAUGUCCCUCGCUGGGUUGAUCCCGCCGAUAUGCGAUGAGGGCAGCAUGCUCCUUGACGGCGGAUACAUCGACAACCUCACUGUCCAACACAUGAAGUCUCUGGGGACCGAUCUUGUAUUCGCAGUCGACGUUGGUGCCGUGGACGACGACACUCCGCAACAGUACGGCGACACGCUCUCGGGGUUUUGGUCGUUGCUCAACCGCUGGAACCCAUUCUCGUCGAUUCCCAAUCCACCCACCCUGUCCGACAUCCAAGCUCGGCUCGCGUACGUCUCCUCGGUUGACGCACUGGAGCGGGCCAAAGCAACCCCGGGCUGCAUAUACAUGCGGCCGCCGAUCGAAGCGUACGGGACGUUGGAGUUUGCCAAGUUCGACGAGAUCUACGAGGUCGGGUACAGUUACGCCAAGGAGUUUCUCGCCAGGUUGCGCAACGAGGGCCAGUUGAACGGCAUCAUCGACGCGUGGGUCGACGCGGGCGAUGAGGAGGGCAAGAAGUUGUUGAGGGCUAUGGCGCCGCGGCGCGCGAGUAUUUGA